AUGCCUGAAAUAAGUCAUGAAUCCACUCCAGGCAGUACUGCUGCCGAACAAUCAACAUUUAAUGGUUUUAUUAAAAGGGAGAAGAGCGCGUUUAAAAACAGAAUUAUCACAUUAUCAUACAAUAUCAAUAAUGAACAAUGUCUCAUACCAGAAAUAUUGUUGAAAAAAGCUGGCAGAGAAUUUAUGGAGGAAGUCUAUAAAUUUUUAAAACUUAAUAUUGGCUUAAAGUUCAACGUUGAACUCCAUGCUCUUUACGCCAAGCCCAACUUAGAUGAUUUAGAAAACACCCCAUUAGAUGUGAAAAGUUUUCAAACAAAAAUGAAAGAAAUGUUCGACAUCAGCGAAUUUGAAGUAAAAUUUACCAACAAUAUUGGAAGCAUUUUACAAAAAAUGGAAGAGUUUCAGGAAAGAGACAGUGGUUGGACUUUAGUACAAUUAAUAAAAGUUGUUCUAAAUAUAAAUAAGUAUCAACCACUGAAGGGUUCAUCCUAUAUAUCACUACCCAAAAAAUUUAUUGGGGAUAAUACCAUGUGUCAUUAUGUAUGGAUUAAAUCUAUUUCAAGAUUGAUUAGAAACCAACAAACGAAAAGAAAAGAGAAGGUAUUUGUAUGUGAUGAUUGCUUACAACAUUUUCAUCUGAUAGAAAAAUUGGUAGCACACCAGAAGAAUUGCGGUCAAAAAGUAUCUUAUGUUCCGGAAAAAGAUAAGUCUACUUUAGAAUUUCAAAACUAUUGUAAUUCCAUGGAUGUACCGUUUGUAGUAUAUGCUGAUUCUGAAUGUAUAUUUGAAAAUAUUCAAACAUGCAUUCCGAACAUGGAUUCAUCAUCGACAACAUUAGUUGAUAAACAUAUUCCAUAUGCAUUUUCAUACUACAUUAAGUGUGCUUUUGAUAAUAGUUUAAGUAAAUUACGUAGUUUUAAGGGAUUUAACUCAGCAAAAUUAUUUAUAGAGAAUUUAGUAUCAGAUGCUAAAUUUUUAAAUGAUAAUUAUUUAAAAAAUAUUAUACCAAUGGCACCCUUGACCGAAGAGGAAAAUUUAGAUUUUUAUUCAAAUAAUAUAUGUCAUAUUUGCUCAAAAAAUAUUUUAAAUGAAGAAAAAGUAAGAGAUCAUUGUCAUUUAAGUGGAAAAUAUAGAGGACCGGCUCAUAAUACUUGUAAUAUAAAUUACAAAUUACCUUCAUUUAUCCCAGUUAUUUUUCACAACUUUUCGGCAUAUGAUUGUCAUUUAUUUGUGAAAGAGCUUAAUAAUAUUGAUGAUGGUCCCAUUAAUAUUAUUCCACUCAAUAAGGAGUUGUAUAUAUCUCUUUCAAAAACUAUUAAUAGCGAUAACGGUCGCAAUAUUGAAAUAAGAUUUUUAGACUCAUACCGGUUUAUGACAUCGAGUUUAGAUAAUUUAGUUAAAAAUUUAACUCAGGAUGAACUGAAAGUCGUCAAAGAAUUUCAUUCUGACGAUAAAAGUAAAUUUAAUUUGUUAAUAAGAAAGGGUGUUUUUCCAUAUACAUAUAUAAAUUCAGUAGAAAAACUCCAAGAACCUUGUUUACCAACCAUAGAUGAGUUCUUUAAUAAAUUAACUGAAUCAGAAUGUUCUAUAGAGGACUAUGCACAUGCACAAAAAGUUUGGAAUACUUUUGAGUGCAAAACAUUAGAAGAUUACUUAAUGUUAUACUUAAGAAGUGAUGUUUUAUUAUUAGCCGAUGUAUUUGAAAACUUUAGAUUAGUCUGUAAAAACAUCUAUAAUUUAGAUCCAUGUCAUUACUAUACGGCACCUGGUCUAUCUUGGGAUGCAAUGCUAAAAAUAACCAACAUAAAACUAGAUUUGCUUACCGAUAUUGAAAUGAUUAAUUUUUUACAAAAAGGAAUUAGAGGUGGAAUUGUUCAAUGUUCUCAAAGACAUUCUGUUGCAAACAACAAAUAUCUUUCUGACUACAAUGACAAAUUGCCCUCUAAAUAUUUAACAUAUUUAGAUGCUAACAACUUAUAUGGUUGGGCAAUGUCUCAAUCUUUACCAGAGUGUGAUUUUGAGUGGAUUGAAGAUAUUAGAAACUUUUCAUUGGAAAGUAUUCCGAUAGAUUCUGAUACUGGAUAUAUUUUAGAGGUAGAUUUGAUAUAUCCCAUAGAAAUUCAUGAUAGUCACAACAAUCUACCAUUUUGUUGUGAAAAUAAAGCACCACCCAGUUCUAAAGAGAAAAAAUUAAUUGUGGAUUUAACCAACAAACAUCAUUAUAAUCCUAAAAUUUAA